AUGAAUGCGUAUCUCACUCUUAUCACUUUCAUAUUCUCUAGCAACAUGAAUUUUCUUUACCUUAUUGGUGGCUUGCUAGUGUUGCAUGCGGGAUAUUCGUCUUAUGAGCAUCACCAGAUUCUUAAACAUGCCAGUGGCAUUCCUAGAGAUAUCAUCGGCGAGCUUUUUGUGGGGCUAAUAAUCAUCAACUUUGGCGCUUUCCAGUCGAUUGCCAACUCGUCACGUUACGGUUUGACCCACGACAAGAUUGUGACGAGCCUGAAACCAUUUUUGCGUCCUAUUGAGAUGAGUGAAGCCAUGCAAUCGGUGAAUCUGUUGGGCAUUACGGAAUUCGAAGAGUAUGAUUCCAGAAUAGACUUUUUGGACGUGGUGGAGAAAAGACGCCAGCACCGGGAGUGGGCAAAAUAG